GAAACUGGAGUGAAAAUGGAGGUAGCAUACAAAGUCUUUAAUGACCCCAUCCACGGACACAUUGAACUCCACCCUCUUCUGGUCAAAAUCAUAGACACACCUCAAUUCCAAAGAAUGAGGAACAUCAAGCAGCUCGGAGGGGCAUACUACGUUUUCCCUGGAGCAUCUCAUAAUCGCUUCGAGCAUUCCAUUGGAGUUGCGCACCUGGCUGGAAAGCUUGCUAAAUCUUUGAAAGAGAAAAUGCCUGAACAGAUAGAUGAGGCUGAAAAGAUCGAUGACAGAGACGUCCUCUGUGUGCAAAUCGCUGGCCUCUGCCAUGAUCUGGGACACGGACCUUUCUCUCAUCUGUUUGAUAAGAUGUUCAUUCCCAAAGCACGUACAGAUUUGAAGGAUGACAAAAAAUGGACGCACGAGAAGGCAUCGCUAGACAUGUUAGAACAUCUGAUUAAAGUUAACAAACUGGCGCCGGUGAUGGAGGAGAACGGGCUGGUGCUGCCAGAGGACCUCGACUUCAUCAAGGAACUGAUCUUUGGGAAAAUUACCGACCCUGCUCAUCCAGAAAAAGAGCCGAAAUACAAAGGCCGUAAACCGGAGAAGUAUUUCCUGUACGAGAUCGUAUCCAACAAAAGGAACGGCAUCGAUGUGGACAAAUUUGAUUACUUUGCAAGAGACUGCCAUCACCUGGGCAUCAAGAGUAACUUUGACCACGACCGCUUCAUCAAGUUUGCCAAGGUGUUUAAGGUGGACGGGGAGCAGCAAAUCUGUACCAGGGAAAAGGAAGUGGGCAAUCUGUAUGACUUUUUCCACACAAGAAACUCUCUCCACAGAAGAGCUUACCAGCACAAAGUAACAAACAUUGUUGAGACCAUGAUCACCGAGGCCUUUGUAUUGGCAGACAAACACCUGACAUUCGUGGGGGAGUCUAAGAAGUUCACAUUGUCCACAGCUAUAGAUGACAUGGUGGCAUACACUAAGCUGAAUGACAACGUCUUCGAACAGAUCCUCCUUCCUACCCCGGGCGAGCUGGAUGAGGCCAGGGAGAAGGAUCUGAAAAAGGCCAGGGAGAUCCUAACGAACAUCAGCAGUCGUCGCCUCUUGAAGUGUGUGGGCCAGUUCUAUUCAGCAUAUCAAGCUGACAUCGAGGAUAUGCGUCUGCAUUUGCUAGUUGACCAGAAAAAUCCCCUGGGCAUUAAACUGUUGCCAGAACACCUCAAUGUUAUCAAGAUGGACUAUGGCAUGAAGACAGAGAAUCCCAUUGAUCGCGUUAGUUUUUACCGCAAGGGAGACAAGGAGGCCUUCAAGAUCUCCAGGGGCCAGGUGUCCACGCUCACCCCAGGACACUUUCAGGAGUGGUUGCUACAGGUGUACUGUACGGCGGAGACUGAUGGGGAGAUUCUGGCACUGGCCAGGAAAAAAUUUGAACAGUUGUGCCAAACUGUGACAAGCAAAAAGGUUUGCUUGCAACUCAGUAUAUCGCUCCAUGUGGUUAAAUUGUUUCAAAUUACAUUGUUUUACUACCGUGAAGCUGGGUAGAUGUAGGAGUUGAUGCAAAGCUUUUAUUUUAGGUUAUUAAUUUUUCCAUGCGAUGGUGGCAUCACAAAUCCUAUUUGGCAUGUUAACGUGUUGUUUACGUGACCUGUUUGGACUCUUUUCCUAAGUUAUUUCUGCUUCUUUCUUCCAGAGAGAAAACUGCUCUAGAGAUGUGAACCCUCCGGAGCUGGAAGCCAAUGAAGGCCCAAAUCCAACUUCAAUUUUGAAAGAACCAAAAGAAACAAGAUUUUCCUUGGUGCUUUUUUGAAAUUGGUAUGGGUAGGAAAUUUGAUGCCUAAAGUAGAAUUUUAAUAAUUAUAAUCCACCAUUUUAACCAGAAAAUGUCCUAAAUCAAAGACACACUCCAAACAAGCUUAAUCAACUUUUUUGUCUUCAAGUUCAGUUUCAUCACCAGCUGCACCAGCCAUCACCAGCUGCUGGUUUUGUUUUUGUUUCUUUGUUUCUCUUCAUUUAGCUAUGCAGUUUCUGUCCAUAGUUUACAUGUUACCUUAAGGUGAAUCUAACGCUGAGACUUUUCAUGCAAGAACACUUUUUAGUGUUUCUGUAUUGAUUCGAUUUUUACAUAAAAGAUAGUGUAGGCAAAUUAUUUUCAAACUAUUACCUCUCAUAUUUCUUGAAAUUAUUUUUACAUGCCGACAACAAUCAAUAAAUAAAAUGAUCGGACAGAAAAACAAGGAAAUCCGGUAUCUGUGGCGAUCACAAGCCGGUAAUAAGUCUGUCAAAUCAAUUCAUCACACUUGAAUGUGUAUUUAUUUGCAGUGGGUUUUAACUUCAUAUAUGUUCGCUGUACUGAUUUAGUCGCGACAAUAAAUGGCCAGAAUCAAAGCAGGCUACAGACACUAUAAUGAAUACAUAUAUUCUAAUCUUUGUUCAUGUUUUUUUUGUAAUGCGUCUAAUAUACAUUUUGUUGAAGCACUCUUUUUCAUUUUCAAAGUUUGAACAUCUUCCUUCAUGAUAAUAAUAAUAAUAAUAAUAAUAAUAACAACAAUAAUAAUAAUUGUGGGUAGAUUCCUUUGUUUGGGUUACUAAGGUAAACCUACCACAACGCUUGAUACAUUUAGUUCCCGGUGUGUGUGUUUGUUUGUGUGUGAGUUGAAAGAAAAAUAUAUAUUACGUCUACGUUCAUGUUUAGUGCUCUUUUCAAAGAUAUAUUAUGAUAUAAGGUUGUAGUAAGGGCCCAGGAAUACUGUUUAGAAUAUUGCUUGCUGUUCUGCUAAUAAGGUUAACUGAAAAGUAUAUUUGCAAAAGAUAGACAGAGGCUGGGGCAAAAAUUGUGAUAAAUGGUGAUGAAAAAAAUAGACGGCUUUGUCCUCAAUGUC